UGGACGCUGGUCUACUCCGAUGCUAGGUGGUAGUGCAAAGAAGAACAUAAUUAAUGUACACCAACGGUUGCUGGUACUACCAACCGUUGUUGUACAUUAAACAUGAUAGGCCAAAUCCAGGUGAUAUGGUUGUGUCUCAGCGUGUCUACAGUAUACUCAGCUACCCAUUCCCUGAAAUAUUUCUACACAGCGCUCCCACAAUCUACUGUCCUUCCAGAGUUCAGCGCUGUUGCAUAUUUGGAUGAGCAACCAAUUUAUUUAUAUGACAGCUCUACAAAGCAAGUGGUAGCUCGACAGGAGUGGGUAAAAGGAGCUGUGGAUGCAGACUUCUGGAGAAGAAAUACACAACUUCUUAUGGAGAUUGAGAAGGUGUUCAAAAACAACAUGGACACUGCAAGAGAUCGCUUCAACCAGACAAGUGCCCUUGCUUUGCAGAAAAUGUAUAGCUGUGAGUGGAAUGAGGAAACUGGUGCUACAGAUAGAGAUGAACUGUAUGGAUAUGGAGGAGAGGACUUCCUGUCAUUUGAUCUGGAGCAAGAAAGAUGGAUUGCACCUGUUCUGCCGGGAUUUAUGACCAAAUUGAAGUGGGAUGCUGAUGGUCCUAAGCUUAAAGCCAAAACUCACUAUCUAACCCAUACCUGUAUUGAAUGGCUGAAGAAAUAUGUUUCUAAUCAAAGCAUGUCGGAUAGGAAAGUCCCACCGCAGGUAACUUUGCUUCAGAAUGACUUCUCCUAUCGAGUGACCUGCCAUGCAACAGGCUUCUAUCCGAAAGCAAUCAGGAUACAUUGGAGAAGAGAUGGAGUAGAGAUCCAUGAUGAUGUGAAGCAUGAAGAGACCCUGCCUAACAUGGAUGGGACGUAUCAGAAGAGAACCCAUCUCACUGUGUCCCCUGAAGACCUACAGAAGCACAACUACACAUGCACUGUCCAACACAUUAGCGGUGAUGUGGUUCUGUCUGCUAACAGGGACAGCAUUCGCAGCAACAGCAGGCAUACUCAAAGGCAGUACAUCUUCAUCAUCAUUGUCCCAGUGGUCUUGGUAUUGGUCAUCUUUGUUGUUGUGGUUUUCGUAAUGAUAAAGAAGUUCCGCAACGGAAAAGAACAAACGUCUGAAAAGGAAAAACAAUGUGCAACAAGUCUCCUGGAGAAGGUUGUUCUUCUGCUCAACGAUGGUUCUGACAGAACGUCCAACAGAAACAGAACCGUUUUCUCAAGCUCUUCAAAUGGCUCUGAGUCUUCCCGCUCUGCCGACUCUGGCCACUCUGUUGACUCUGUUGACUCUGGCGGCUCUGCAGACUCUGGCGGCUCUGCCGACUCAUUUACAUUGACAUUUUAGUCAUUUAGCAGACGCUCUUAUCCAGAGUGAAUACCUUUUUUUUUUUUUUUU